UGUACGUGUGUUGACACACCAUUUCGCUACGGCUCUCGGUCGGUCGGCUGGAGAUGUUCAAUCGUACGAGAUCGAUGCGAACGGAAAUCAUCGAAUGUUUUACACCGGAUCCACACGUUACCGUAUGGAGUACCGUGAAGGCACCAACCAGAUCACCAAAGUGCAUCGCCUGAGUCUCGAUCGUGAUCAGCGUAAAGAACAAUCGUUCGAGAUGGAGCACAACAGCGAUGGAGCGGUAGUGAAGGCGGAACACAAAGGUAUUAAGAAAAUCGAGUACGAUCGUAUUUUGCAUCGUGUUUCGAAGAUCGAGAUGCUUGAUGGGCGCAGACUGGAAUACCAGUACGAUGUCCGGGGAGAACGCACGUUCAAGAAGGUGGUGAGUGCCAAGGGUUCCGUUUUGCAUGAAAAGUACUACAUCAGGAAUGCUGAAGGAAUUGUCCUGGUGGACAUGGAGAUGACUUAUCUGGAGAAUGAUCAACCACCGGAUGUGUGUGACAAGUUACAUCUACAAGGAUCAACAGUUGAUCGGGUUCGUGCGUGACGAUCAACUGUACAGUUUGGUAACCGAUCAUGAAGGAUCGGUACGG